GUCAACCUACAUGAGCGGAUUCUUCGUCGCUGCUGCGCAUCAAAACAACAGGCUCUGACCGACGUAAGGGCGCAAAUCAGCGAAGCUUCUAAGCUGUAUUUUGAACACUCUUCUGCUACUGUGGACAGUAACAUCGUUUUUAAAGGGAGUGGCCUAGCAACGUCCCAGUUCUUUUUGCGGCCGUAAAGUGUUACAUUUACGCAACAGUCAACAGCUUGGAUUGACGACUUUGACGCAUGACGCCAAACCCAAAUAAAGCAUCAGAAUAACUGUAUAUAAUUUUCAUCAUUACGUGAAUGCUUUAAAGAAUUGGGGACAAUUUACAAACAUGGACGAGAAGGUAUUUACGAAAGAAUUGGACCAAUGGAUCGAGCAACUGAACGAGUGCAAGCAACUAUCGGAAAACCAAGUGAAAAUCUUAUGCGAGAAGGCUAAAGAAAUUUUAUCCAAAGAGUCAAAUGUCCAGGAAGUGCGUUGUCCAGUCACAGUAUGUGGAGAUGUACAUGGCCAAUUUCAUGAUCUUAUGGAACUGUUUAAGAUCGGGGGUAAAUCGCCAGACACAAAUUACCUCUUCAUGGGAGACUAUGUGGACAGAGGUUACUAUUCAGUAGAGACAGUCUCACUUCUGGUGUCUUUGAAGGUUCGAUAUCGAGAGAGAAUCACCAUACUUCGUGGAAAUCACGAAAGUAGACAAAUCACACAGGUUUAUGGCUUCUAUGACGAGUGCCUGAGAAAAUAUGGAAAUGCAAAUGUUUGGAAAUAUUUCACAGACCUCUUUGACUACCUUCCUCUUACAGCCCUUGUAGACACCCAGAUAUUCUGUCUCCAUGGAGGACUGUCACCUUCAAUUGACACGCUGGAUCACAUUCGCGCUUUGGACCGUAUCCAAGAAGUCCCCCACGAGGGUCCCAUGUGUGACUUGCUGUGGUCAGAUCCAGAUGACCGUGGAGGUUGGGGAAUUUCCCCAAGAGGGGCUGGGUACACAUUUGGCCAGGACAUCUCAGAAACUUUUAAUCAUGCCAACUGCUUGACUCUGGUUUCACGAGCUCACCAGUUAGUGAUGGAGGGUUAUAACUGGUGUCAUGAACGGAAUGUUGUGACGAUCUUCAGUGCACCAAAUUAUUGCUACCGAUGUGGUAACCAAGCUGCGAUAAUGGAACUUGAUGACACGCUCAAGUAUUCCUUUUUACAGUUUGACCCUGCGCCACGUAGAGGUGAGCCUCACGUCACUCGUCGCACUCCAGACUAUUUCCUGUAAGAUGGGAAGGCUUUUUAAAAUAACAGUAUUACAGCACUUUCUGACCGGUGGACAGUGUUCAUUCACAGAAGACAUGCUCAGCUUUAUAAAUCUUUCAACAAUUAGCUCUGUCCUUGGACCAAAACAUGAUCCAUAUCUGUACUGCAAUAGCAUGACAGUAGAUGCAGUCAUCUCAACCAAAACACAAAUGUAAUAUUACACUCCCAUCUGUAACAUGUGUUUUUUUUCUCUGCUGUAAUAAUAAUGCUGUGUUUAUCAGGAUACAAUGUUUUCUUCAUACUAAUGGUUUUAUGUGCAUUCUUGUAAAGAGCCAUGUGUUUUGGAAUAACAUUAUUUGAAUAUACACUUUCACUGCUUAUGACUGGAUACUGCACAAGUUGUGGUGAGCUUUAAACAGUGCUUUGUAUUAUAGCUGCAUUUUCAUGCUACAUGGCCUCGGGUUCACAGUUAGCUGUCAGCUGACAUCUUUCCGACUGCUGAUUAAAUGAUUGCCUAUUGCAGUGUUUGUUACAGGUAGGUAUGAAACCCUUAGUUUUUGUCCUUUUCAGUGUACCUUAAGCACUUUUUCAAUGCUGUAUUUGCUAUCAGGCUUAGUUUACACAAAAUCAGCAGUGUUUAUGUUUGGUUUUGCUUUUGUAUGUAACUGAAUUAUUUCUCAAUAAUUUGUAAUUUAGAGCACAAUUAAGUAUGGAUUGAAAUGGCAAUAAAGACACAUGCUAUUUAUAUGAAAUUGUAAAGGGUGUUAGUGAAAACAAUUGUAAGUUUCGAGUGGUUGAUUGAUUUUAAUUGUAGAGUUAGGUUGGUAUUUAAAACAUCCACAAGCUGGAGCUAUGACAUAUGCAAAUCAGCUUUUUUUUUUUUUAAGCCAAUUUGCUUAAUUUGUUUAGUACAAUUUUCUACUUUUUAUUUAUUAAAAUCAACUGAAAGGGGUAAUUUGAGUUUAAACACAUAAA